AUGGCUACUGCAUCAAUAGAACUUAUCCUUGCAAACAUUCUUUAUUCCUUUGAUUGGAAAUUGCCACAUGGGUUGGUAAAAGAAGAUAUUGAUACUGAAAUGCUGCCAGGAAUCACUCAACACAAGAAGAUUCCCCUUUACUUAGUUGCCGAGAGCCCAACGUAG